ACGAAAUGCGUCUAUUGAUUUAGACGCAAAAUGAGCAAUUAACAAAUCGAACUUUUAAGAAACAUUUAACACUUUUCCAGCUUCUUAUCAAGUUAAAUAUUUAAAAAUGGAGUCAUCAAAACCAUCAGUCCCAAUUUUGUCAACUGCUGGUGCAGUUCCUGUAAGAACAGAAAAAGGUGUGUCUAUGCAAAAGGUGAAGGUGAACAGAUAUGUUACUGGGAAAAGACCAGACUAUGCACCAGACUACAGCAGCGACUCAGAGAGUGAUGAAGACUUCAUCCGAGUGAAGAAGACAACAUCAACAAAACCAGGACCAUCACACGAGGAAGAUGAGGAUGAGGGUGGGGAGGACAUGGACCCGCGGUUACGACGUCUUAUGGAGGCACGUAAAUCUCGGAUAGACAGUGACGAGGAUAGUGAAGAUGAUGAUCGAGUGGCAAGACACAGACGGCAAGUCAUAGAGCCUGAGGUGAUAGCAGAGGGCACAGAUUCGGAAGAUGAGCGUGUGCGUCGCCAUGAUGAUGAUGAGAGCAGUGAGGAGGAGGAGUUGGAUGAUGAAGAAAUUGAAAAACGGAGAAACCUGCUACGUCAACGAGCCUUACAGCGUAAACAGGAGGAGGAGGUGUUGGAUAUUGAGGAUGAUAAGGUCGGCGAGAGUGAUGAGGAGUCGUCUGAGUAUGAGGAAUACACUGACUCAGAGGAGGAGACAGGGCCUCGCCUGAAACCAGUCUUUGUUAGGAAGAAGGACCGCUUUUCAGUGCAGGAGAAGGAGAGAAAUGAGGCUAAGAUGAAGGAGAUGGAGGUUGAGGCCAAGAAAAUGGGCGAGGAGCGCCGAAAACAGACUCUCAAGAUGAUAGAAGAUGAGCGUCGUCGUGAGCUGGAGGCAGCACGGAACACACAGGACGCGUGUGACCAGCUGGAAAGUGGCGACGAGAAUGAUGAAGAGGCUUAUGAGUCCUGGAAGGUUCGGGAACUCCGCAGACUCAAGCGCGAUAGGGAGGAACGAGAGGGACUUGAGAAGGACAAGUUGGAGGUUGAUAGAAUGCACAACCUCACAGAGGAGGAGAGGCGUGCAGAGUUCCAGCACAAUCCUAAACUACGCACAAAUAAGGCACCCAAGGGCAAAUACAAGUUCCUCCAGAAAUACUACCACAGAGGAGCAUUCUUCAUGGAAAAGGAUGAAGACAACUUCAAGAGAGACUUCUCUGAACCAACAUUGGAGGACCACUUUGAUAAAACUGUGUUGCCUAAAGUCAUGCAGGUUAAGAACUUUGGCCGGUCAGGUCGGACAAAGUACACUCAUCUUGUAGACCAGGACACGACAAGCUUUGAGUCUCCCUGGGUCUCUGAGACAGCCAUGAAUGUCAAGUUUCACUCACAGAAGGGCGGGGGCAUGAAACAGAUCUUCGACAGACCAAGUCAGAAGAAAAAGAAAUGAGGAGGUUGUUGGUUGAACUUUGUGGUUGAAUUUUAAAUUGUUCAUGUAUCCAGAAUAGGUCAGUUGAUUGCAAUGGUCGUGAUGGACUAUUGUUUAAUACAUGAUUUGUUCCCAUACUGUCAUUGUGAUGCCUGAAAUAUGAUACAUGAAUUGUGAUAGAGUUGUUGAAAAUGAAUACACUUGUAUGUGCAGCAUUUUAUUGGUUAAUGCUAGAACAUGGCUCUAUGUUGAAAGUUAUGUUAACAUUUACCUUUAGGAUGGUAUGAUCUCUGUUUCAGAGCAAUCCAAGUUUAAAAUAUAUUAUUUUGUUUUAAGAUUUAAUCUAUAACUGAGACCAAUUUAUAAUGUCAGCUUGUUUCCUUACACUGUAGAAGGUGAGAAUGUAAGGCAAUUUGAUGCAUUGCCAUCUGCGAAUACAGCUCUUGUUUUGUGUGGACUUACCAUUAAUACUAUAUUUUUAUCUUGUGGGAUGAAUGCGUAAAGGUUCUAAGUGACAUCAGAUAAAGAAGCAGGUAGAACCUUCUUGUGUUCACAUUUUGAGCUGCUAUGUAAUGAUGUAUGAUCAUGAAAAAUGAUAAAUGCUUUUAAACAAUUCAAUGAAAUUGGCAAAUGUUUUCACAUACAUGUAAGAUGCAUAAAAAGGUUCAAUCUCAUUUUAUGAUGUCAUGUUUAAUUAGUUUUUGAAUCAUUGAUUAAUGAUUUGUACAUUUGUUUUGUAAAAUAAUGUUUUACCAUGUAAAUUACAUAGUGAAUUAAAUUCUGUGGUACUUAUCAAAAACAUUUUUGCCUCAAUCUUUAAUGAGCAGUUCUCAAAAGAGUGACUGUGAUAUUGGCUCUUACAUACUGGUUCCAUAUUUGCCUCAGUGAAUAAUGCUGUAGUCUGUCAUGUGCUAUUAUUCUUUAUACAUAAAGCGAAAAUCUGAUAGCAUGGAUUUAAAUUCCUCUAAUAAUAUUGGUUGGCAAUCCCAGCCAACAUCAAACAACAUCUACUAUAUAACCAUUUAUUAGCGUGUCCAUUUUUCAGAGUAAAAACAUGAGUGUUAUUGUCAUAGCCUUGUGUUUUCAUCGUCACCAGUGUGCACAAAUCUUAACCUUGGCCAUAGCUCAAAAUCAAUUCAAGAUAUUCAAAUGAAACUUGGUAAAUAUGUUGCCAAGACUACGCACAUGACUGUAUAGCAAGGCCCAUAAUUCUGCUUUUAAUAAUGGUUGAGUUUCACCCGCUUAUCAACUGGAAAACAACGGACAAGUGAUUGUAUUUGCUAUGAAUUGCUCUUGUUUAUAAAAAAAUGAUAAAAACCUAUCCUGAAAAAUAUUUUGUUUGUAAUUUUCUGACUGGUUCUGACACCAAAAUGCAAUGAUUUUUUUGGUCCCAUUAUCAGGCAGAAAAGUAUAUUUUAGAA